GGACAGAGUCCCCAGAUGCUGGAGCCCGCGUCCAUAGUUUCAGUGUGAAGCAGCUGGUGGCAACAGGUUAGCAUUUCAGAUGGCAGGGACGGCACGCCAUGAUCGAGAGAUGGCAAUCCAGUCCAAGAAAAAGCUCUCCACGGCCACGGAUCCCAUCGAAAGACUGCGGUUGCAGUGCCUGGCCAGGGGCUCUGCUGGCAUCAAAGGACUAGGCAGAGUCUUUCGAAUUAUGGAUGACAAUAACAACCGAACCCUUGAUUUCAAAGAAUUUGUGAAGGGGCUAAAUGAUUAUGCUGUGGUCAUGGAAAAGGAAGAGGCACAAGAGCUUUUCCAGAGAUUCGAUAAAGAUGGAAAUGGAACAAUAGACUUCAACGAGUUUCUUCUCACACUAAGACCUCCAAUGUCCAAAGCUAGAAAAGAGGUAAUACUACGAGCUUUUAGAAAGUUAGACAAGACUGGAGAUGGUGUGAUUACCAUUGAAGACCUUCGUGGAGUGUAUAAUGUAAAACACCAUCCGAAGUACCAAAAUGGAGAAUGGACAGAGGAGCAAGUCUUUAGGAAAUUUCUGGAUAAUUUUGAUUCACCCUAUGACAAAGAUGGAUUGGUUUCAAAAGAAGACUUUCUGAACUAUUACGCAGGUGUUAGUGCUUCUGUCGACACUGAUGCUUAUUUCAUUUUGAUGAUGACCAAAACCUGGAGGUUAUGAGUUACAUCAAACAAUUCUGUUGGAGGAAACUGAAAACUUUUAGAGGGAAGAAUGAGUUUGAAAGAAGUAUAAGAAUGUAAUGUUGACAUGGUGAAAUAUCUGGAAUUUUAAAAGCAAUAGAUCUUGAAUAAUGUUACUAAUUACCUGGAAUAUGUUUAUUUCCAUAAGUACUUGAGGAAUUGGUCUUAAAUCAGAUGAAAGGGAGAAAGGAAUGAACAAAUGAGGGAAAUAAUGAACUGAGGUUGGCAAGCUUCUAGAUAAAAAAUAAUAUGCACUUAUAUUAUGUGUUCUUACUGUAGCUCUGCAUGACCUUCACUUGUAUUGUUCCUUGUCUACAUACUGUAGCAGAACAUUAAGUAAUUGGAGGGACAUCUGACUAAAUUUUCAUGAAUUUACUUAUUUUGAUGCUUCUCUUGAUGAAGAAAAUAAUAUAUAAUUUACUUUAUUCUGAAAAGUAUGAUUUUCUUUUCUUUCCCCAUAUUUUAAUUUUUUCAUGCAGUAGUGAUCUAAGCUUAGAGUUCCUAUGCUGUCUUGAGCAAAGGACCCAAGUUUGAGAAAAGGCAUGCUCACUGGGCUGGCCCAUGGUGUUGAGGACUAGGAUUCCAUGGAGUGAACUCACUUAUCAGGUCAGCUUAGUUGGAUGAAAGAGAAAGUGUGAGAAAGAGGAGGUGAUUAUUAGAAGGUUUGAGUGGGAGUUUCUGCAGGCUUUUUUUGGGGGGGAGGUUAUUUAUUUAUUUGAGAGUGACAGAGAGAGAAAGAGGCAGAGAGAGAGAGA